ACCGAUAUCCUCAGCGAUGCCUCCCACUUCGUCAUCCUCAAACCACCGCGGUCGGCGCAUAGAUGAUGCCUUAUCCCAGCUCGUCGACUCCCUCCUCCCGUCCCUAUCACCCGUGCAUCGUCACCGCAAUGGUAGCGACAACGCGUCAGACGCCUAUUUAGAUGAAUAUGCGCGCGCAGAGAUUGCCGAGGCAGAAGAAUUGCGGCAUCGCCGCGCAUUGGACCUUGCCUGGAGGAUCUUGGACGCUCAUGGGACCAACAAUAGUGGUGGUGGAAAUCAUGUUAAUGGUAGCGGAGAGCAGCGGCGAGGAUCAGUGUCUCCUGAUGUGAUCAAUAACGCGCCAGAUAUGAUUAAGCGAAAGCUAUUAAGGGAGAAUGCGUCGCCGGAUAAAGCCGUGAGGUUUUCGAAUCUGUAUUCGAGAUUGUUAACACAGCCGGUCCUGGGACAGAAAUGGGCAAUUCUGUAUUUGCUUUAUCGGAUUAGGGAGGAAGAUGAAGACGAUGCUGUUGGAAUGCGGGUUGGAGAGGGCGUUGUGACUGGAGGAAAUAAAAGAAUGGCGGAUGGCCGCCGGAGUCCAUUGAUGGAGAAUAAUCAGCUGGAUCAUAUGCUGCUAAAAGAUGAGCCAGCCGGACGGAAAAACAUUCCAGAAAGUAUAGCUCCUGAUUCAUCUGUUUCCGUUGUCGGUAGGGAGCAGCGUCGUGCGGCAAUGGUGAAGGAUGCGAUGGAUGCGACUAGACCGAAGGAAAGCGAAAGAAAGAGAGCCGCGGAAGACGAGAAUAAAGAACGCAUGCAGGCCCGCAGAUAUGCUGAGGAGCCUAUACCCGUUCCUCAAACACCAAAACAACCUCCGCAAGCGGAUGGUAAUGAUGAAGGAGCUCCGCCAGCGGAGCCCGCCCUUUUACGUGACCUACCGUUCUGUCUUCAGGGCUUGUCAACGACGAAUCUUCAAUUUUCAAAUACAACACUGAAGCUACCGACUACUCUUCCUAUUCCACUCCUUUCGUUGUUGCACACUUUAGCGGAGCCAUGCCUCCUAUAUCGAGGCCUGUCCACUUUUGCCGGCAAAUCUGAAGGCGGCCUCAUAGAACAAAGUCUACGGGCCGCCAUAGGAAGUGAGCUUCGCUCUUACUUGGGUCUAGUAGCAAGCUUGGAGGGUGAGAUUAGAACAGCCGUGACAGCAGUCACAGAAUCGACUGAUGACCCGCAGUCCGUGAUGAAAGCGGGCGUCACUCUGAAACGCUGCAUCGUUUGGAUGAAAGAUGCUACGAUGGCGUUACGAUUGAUGAGCCUUAUGGUCGAAGAACUUGAAAGUAAAAAAGGCGGUCAACUGAUAUCAAUGAUUCACGGUUUUUCAACUUCGCACGGUGACCCCUUUGUUGGAGCAUUUGCCGAACGCCUUUUAGCACAUGUCACCCGGCCUUUCUAUGGUAUGUUGACACAGUGGAUAUACGAUGGGGAACUGUCGGAUCCUUACCGCGAGUUUUUUGUUGUGCAACCGGAGAACCGUCCAGAUGUCGAUCCGCGCCGGACGGCAACGAGCGUCUGGGACGAGAAGUAUAAGCUUAACGGUGUGAUGGUCCCUACAAUUAUGACGCAUGAUUUUGCUAAAAAGGUAUUCCUGAUUGGAAAAUCCCUCAACUUCAUCCGUUAUGGCUGUGGUGAUUCUGCCUGGGUUAUUGCAUAUUCUCGAGAUGCAUCGAAGGAGUUGCGAUACGGAGAUACGGCGACGCUUGAGACGUCAAUCGACAAAGCGUAUAAAACUACAAUGGCUCGUCUCAUAUAUCUCAUGGACUCAAAAUUUAGAUUAUUCGAACACCUGAACGCACUAAAGAAAUAUCUUUUACUGGGACAAGGAGAUUUCAUCGCUCUGCUCAUGGAGUCACUUGCUUCGAAUCUUGACCGCCCAGCCAACUCGCAAUACCGGCACACUUUGACCGCUCAGCUGGAACAUGCUAUUCGGGCGUCAAAUGCUCAAUAUGACUCGCCAGACGUCCUUCGCCGCCUUGACGCACGUAUGCUGGAACUUAGUCAUGGUGAAAUUGGCUGGGAUUGUUUCACCCUUGAAUAUAAAAUUGACGCACCCGUUGAUGUGGUCAUAACGCCGUGGGCGUCAACACAAUACCUGAAGCUUUUUAACUUUCUUUGGAGAGUGAAGCGCGUGGAAUUUGCGCUUGGAAGCACGUGGCGCAGAUGUAUGACAGGCGCAAGAGGAGUUUUAGGGAGCGUGGAAGAUAAAGUUGGCCCUGACUGGAAACGAGCUCGCUGUGUUAUCGCCGAGAUGAUACACUUUAUAUGCCAGCUUCAAUACUACAUACUCUUCGAAGUGAUCGAAGCCAGUUGGGACCAAUUGCAAGUCGCAAUGUCGAAGCCGGAAUGUACGUUAGACGAUCUCAUCGAAGCACAUACCAAAUAUCUCAACUCUAUUACCCACAAGGGCCUCCUCGGCUCAUCAUCCUCCCGCGGCAGUUCUUCGAGUAAUCGAGGCGAAGAAUCGUUUCUAGCUCAACUUCAUCAAAUUCUCAAAAUCAUGCUUGCAUAUAAAGACGCCGUGGACGGAUUAUACUCCUUCUCUGUCGCAGAGUUCACGCGGCGGCAAGAAUUUAACGCAAAAAUUGAAACCCGGACCGCCCAAGGCCAAUGGGGCGUGACAGAAAGAGACUUCCAUUCGAACCAACAUAGCCGGUCUGGAUCUAUCCUUCGGCGACCCGGAACGGGUUCUGGAUCGCAAACUGUCCACUCACCCCUCGAUAACGGUGGCAUACUCCGUUCCUCGACGGACGGCACACCCCUAGCGGACACGGCAUCUCCCUUUUUCAGCUCUGGCCUGAUAGGAGAAGAUUAUUUGCUGCCCUCUUUGCGCUCACGACUGAGUGACUUAUCAGCGGAAUUUAGGGCGAGACUAAUUACGCUCCUGAGCGAUUUGGCGUAUCAGCCUGAUGUGGAUAUGAGGUUCUUGGGGGUGGUUAUGAAUUUCAACGAUGUGUACCAGGUUGUUCGAAGGCGAAGGGGUGGUGGGGGAGGGUCGGGGAAAGACAGGGAGAGGAGAAGGGCUGGCGCGGAGUCAGUGGAGAGGAGGGACGAGAAGGAGAAGGAGAAGGAGAAGGGGAAAGAAGGGGCGACGGCUUGA